CCCUACUGAAACCUUUUAAUCUCCUCUCGUUUUUCUCCUCCAUCUACGACAUUCUCCCACUCGAUUCCCCUUUCCCAUCUCUCUCUCUAAAAUGGGCUCCGAAACCCCCUCCGAACCCCCCCUCUGGACCCCCCAGUCCGUCCUGAGCUCUCUCCCCCACCCUCCAAAUGAAAACUCCACCUCCCCGAUCCCGUUCUUCCAUCUCCUGGAGCGAUUGAAGACCACCAAGCGCGAGGGAUGGCGGCGCUUCGACAUCAACAACGGCGAAUCCAUCUCCGACCACAUGUACCGCAUGUCGGUCAUGACGAUGCUCGCUCCCCCGUCUCUCGCUGCGCGCCUCAACCUGCUGCACUGCAUGAAAAUGGCCCUGGUGCACGACAUGGCGGAGUCCCUCGUCGGUGACAUCACCCCCAACGACCCCGUCCCCAAGAGCGAAAAAGCCCGUCGCGAAGCCGCAGUCAUGGAGUAUAUUGCCAAUUCGCUGCUGCGCGGUGUUCCCAGUGGAAUUCUGGCCGGCGCCGACAUCCUCGCUGUGUUCCAGGAGUACGAGGCGAACGAGACGCUCGAGGCGCAGUUCGUGCAUGAUGUCGACAAGAUGGAGCUGCUGCUGCAGAUGGUCGAGUACGAGCGGAGCUAUGGGAUUGAUCUAGAGGAGUUUACGGGGGUCGCGAAGCGGGUGCAUUUGCCGGAGAUGAAGGAGUGGGCUGCGAGCGUGCUUGAGGAGCGCGAGGCGUUUUGGAAGAGCAAGAAGCAGACGACGGAAGCGGCGUCUACGGCUACGAAUUGAUGUGUGAUGGCGAAACCUUGACAAUGACCUUCUUUUUCUUUUUCUUUCUUUUUUUUUUUUCCUUUUUUUCUGCUCGGGAAGGGGUGGGGUUGUUCUCAUUUCAGUAUGUUCUAUUCUAGAGGCGUUGGACAGUGAGUUAUCGGGCAUCAUU